CCGAAUACAAAACAAUUUAGAAAACAAAUCCGUGUUGAACUAUCUCCUAGCUCAUUGCUGAAUCUAUUCAUUGUCAUAAUGACAUUUAUCAAUAAAGUGACAAUUUGUGACUCUAGUUUAUUGGUCUCUGUUUGUGACAAUCACGACAUUCAAACGACAUAAAUAUAUUUUGUUAAAAACGACGAACGAUUAGACUUCUAUUUAAACCGCUCCAACUACGCAAUGAGUAUUAUAUUACAUAAAUAGUAUGUGCUAAUGUGUGAAAAAUGAGAACCCGCAGUAAUUCGGGAGUACGUUUGGACUAUUAUCAAAGAGUUGUACACAAGCUAAUUUUAGACCAUCAGCAGCCUGUAACUGGCUUAUUUCCUGCAAGUCCUCAUAAUGAUCAUGCAUGGAUCAGGGACAACUUGUACUGCAUACUCGCAGUAUGGGGCCUGUCAAUGGCAUUCAAGAAAAUUGCUGAUCAAGAUGAAGAUCGCGCUAAAACAUAUGAGUUGGAGCAGAGCUGCGUGAAACUUAUGCGAGGUCUAUUAAUGGCUAUGAUGCAGCAAAAAGAUAAAGUGGAGAAGUUCAAAACAACUCAACAUUCAUUGGAUUCUCUUCAUGCCAAAUAUUCAUCAACAACUGGCCGCACAGUUGUUAAAGACAAUGAAUGGGGACAUCUGCAGAUUGAUGCUAUCUCCCUAUAUCUCCUAAUUUUGGCUCAGAUGACUGCAUCUGGCUUGCAAAUAGUAUUUUCUCUAGAUGAAGUUGCUUUCAUUCAAAAUUUAGUAUUCUAUAUUGAGUCAGCAUAUUGUACACCUGAUUAUGGUAUUUGGGAGAGGGGGGACAAGACAAAUCAUGGACUGCCAGAGCUCAAUGCUAGCUCCAUUGGUAUGGCCAAAGCUGCUCUUGAAGCAAUGAAUGAGUUGGAUCUCUUUGGUGCCCGUGGAGGGCCUUCUAGCGUCAUUCACGUUUUAGCUGAUGAGGCUCAGAAAUGUCAAGCUGUAUUGCAAUCUAUGUUGCCAAGAGAAUCAAAUAGUAAAGAAUUAGAUUCUGGUCUUUUGUCAAUUAUCAGUUAUCCAGCCUUUGCUGUUGAUGAUCCAUUGUUGAUAGCAAGAACAAGAGAUGCAAUUGUUACUAAAUUACAAGGGAAGUUUGGAUGCAAGAGGUUCCUAAGAGAUGGUCACAAGACUCCCAGAGAAGACCCAAAUAGACUUUACUAUGAACCAUGGGAGUUAAGGAUGUUUGAGAACAUUGAGUGUGAAUGGCCUUUAUUCUUCUGCUAUCUCAUACUCGAUUACUGCUUUCAAGGUGACAAAGCAAAUGUCUCAGAGUAUAUGCAAAAGUUAGAUAAAAUAAUGAUAAGGAAGGAUGAUGGCAUCAAAUUAGUUCCUGAAUUGUAUGCAGUGCCUGCUGAUAAGGCUGAUCUAGAACAAAGUGAUCCCGGGAGUCAGGAAAGAAUACCAUUAGGCAGAUGUCCAUUUAUUUGGGCUCAGUCAUUAUAUAUAUUGGGAAAUUUAUUGCAGGAGGGAUUUUUGGCUGUAGGUGAACUAGACCCUCUGAAUAGACGAUUAUGUUCAGAAAAGAAACCUGAUGUUGUUGUGCAAAUUGUAAUACUAGCAGAGGAUAAUGAAAUUAGGGACAAACUGCUAGAAUAUGAUCUUCAUGUCCAAACUAUUAAUGAUGUAGCCCCCAUUGAGGUGCAGCCAGCUAGAGUUUUGAGUCAUCUUUACACAUAUUUAGGUAGAAACAAAAAACUUGGUCUAUCUGGAAGAAAGUCACGUGACGUUGGUAUCCUCAGCACUAGCAAAUUAUAUUCACUAAAUGAACGCAUAUUUGCAUUCACUCCACAGAACUUCGACUAUGAGGAGUACUACAUGUCGCGCGACCCGGCGCUACUCGCAAGCACUUUCAUGGCAAACGUCGCGUUCCUCGGCAUGAGCUGGAAGCACAUGCUAGGACGCCCGACUAUCACCUUACUAGCCACACAGUAUUUGAUGGACCAAGGCAAAAUACCAAUGGCGAUGAUAACUACAAUGAAGAAACUCAAAUCGGGCUACAUUAACGGCACUCGAGUGACUCUCGGCAAUCUCGGUGAAUUUUUAAACACGUCAGCUAUCACCAACUUGAGUUUCUUGGGCAGUCAAGAGGAUGGUUAUCCUGAUAAGCUGAACCCGCAGGUGCAGAGCUACCUGGAGGAGCACGUGGUGAAGUCGCUGUGGCACAAGCCGAGCGUGCUGGCGCGCGCGCCCGGCGCCCGCCACGCGCGCGCGCUGCGCCGGCGCAUGUCGGUGCGCGGCGCCAUCAAGAAGACCCGCUCCAUCAACGUCGACUCGGAAACUUUGGGUAUGGAAGGUGAAUAUGUGGGGCCGUUAUUGGAACGCAAACCAUCUUGGUUGGAGGUAGAACCGAUGUUCGGCCGCAGUCCUUCGCCUGAGGAAGCUCGUAAAAAGGUCGUUACUAAAGGUACUUCGACUACGAAUUUAGGUGUUACACCACCAACGAUCGAAGUUACUAAAGAGCAAAGCCCGUCGCCGCCUAGAGAAGAGGUGGUAAACAAAACGCCGCCGUCGGUGAUUCGCAACCGGACCACGUCUGAAUCACAAAACCUGCUGUACGCUGAGCAAGAGACGGACGAGCUGCUCGCCAUGCUCAGGGAGACGGAGAGUCUCGACGAACAGGGAGACAUACUGCAGUACCUCGUGGACACGCACGGGCUCGACUUUAACACCGAUAUAAUAGAAAACGGGAAAGCUGUCACUGUUAAGGAUCUUCUCAAGGCCCUUUACGAGAAGGCGUGCACACAAAAGCUCUGGGGUCUGGUUCGACAUACCGCGGGCAUGCUGGGCAAGAGAGUCGAGGACCUCGCCAAGGCAGUCACCGACCUGCUAGUACGGCAGAAGCAGAUCACAGUGGGAAUGCCGCCUAACAACGAGCAUACUAUCACCGCGCCGUUGCCUGAAAAUGAGUUGAGGCAGUUAAUUCACUUGGCGUACGGGGACGAUGAAAGCACAGCCAUGUUGACACAAGAGCUACUGGUUUAUUUAGCCAUGUUUAUACGCACGGAACCGCAGCUGUUCCUGGAAAUGUUGAGGCUCAGAGUCGGACUAAUUAUUCAGGUGAUGGCUACAGAAUUGUCAAGAACCUUGUCCUGUGAUGGUGAAGAGGCUUCGGAACAUUUGCUCAACCUGUCACCCUUCGAAAUGAAAAACUUACUGUAUCACAUCUUGAGCGGAAAAGAGUUUGCUAUCAAUAGUGCAAAUUCUCUGUCUGUUAUAAAGGGAAAAAUCGAUAGAAAUAAAGUUGGCCGCGGCAACUUCUCGAUAGUGAGCAAUAAAUCGAACCGUUAUGGAAAGAAAUCUCAAAUUGUAUUAGAAGGUCAAUCACUACAAGGCGGCAUAGAUGACUCGCCCAAUACGGAGCCAGAUCGGCAAGGACAGUGGUUACGCAGACGUCGGUUGGACGGGGCGCUUAACCGCGUACCGCGGGACUUCUAUCCUCGGGUUUGGGGUGUGUUGGAGAAGUGUCAAGGUUUAGUAAUUCAAGGUAAACUUCUUCAACCGAAUUUGACACAAGAGAUGACAUCCGGUGAAUUGAAAUUCGCCCUUGCUGUUGAAACCGUACUGAACUCCAUACCCCAGCCAGAAUAUAGGCAGUUGGUAGUCGAAGCUCUAAUGGUGUUGACCUUGGUUGUUGAAUAUAAGGCGGUUUCCCAUUUGGGUGGCACUAUAGGCGUCGAACAAUUAGUACACAAGGCGAACCAGAUAUUUUUAGAAGACCAGAUGCGGUGCAACGGCGACGCAACGCUCUGCUGCGCGAAGCUCGAGCGGUCGGCGGGUGCGGUGGGCGGAGCGGGCGGAGCGGGCGGGACGCCGGGCGGCGCGCUGGUGUGCGGCGGCGCGGCCGGCGUGUGCCAGCACCUGUACGACAGCGCGCCCAGCGGCAGCUACGGCACCAUGACGUACCUGGCGCGCGCCGUGGCCGCGCUGCUGGCCGACCGCCUGCCCACCGACCAGCCCAUCGAGUGCGCCAUCACCUAACCGACAACGUUCUACAAACGUCUACGACCUACUCUGCUGCGAGCGUCCUGGUUGCUACGUGUUGUUCGUUAUUCCCUCUCCAGUAACUGUCCCCAUACAUGUAACAGUAGCUUGUAGUCAUUCUCUUCAUCGUGUCGGUCAAAGCGGAUCAAGCUGCUAACUAGUUAAAAAUGUCAAUAGUAACAUUAUUUUAAUCAAGUAAAUGCCUGUUUCAUCGCUCGCCAUACUCAUUAUUACAGUAUGCCAUAUCAAAUUGUUAUGAAAAUUAUUUCAGUUCUAAUCAAUCUAAACCUAAAGCCGCACUAAGGUUGUAUGUAGCAGGCGAUUAUAUUUCGCAUUCUCAAAACCAUUAUGCGUUCACGCAUUACGGUUAAAAACUGCCCCCAACAAACCAAAAAAGUGAUGGCGGUAAGCGCUAUAUACGAGUGCGCCUAAGUUUCAGACGAAUAAACUAGUUGCACUGUCGCGGGAAUAAAUCGCCAAAGCGUUUGCUUAUAUCGAUAUAUUGGAAUUGCAAAA